AUGUCGUCCCUGGCGCAGGAGGUGUGGGGCGGCGGCACGCUGGCGGAGAAGCUCAACGCCGCCUUUGUCGAGUUCAAGGCUUUCUGUCAUGAUCGGAAAAUCAUCUGUUCCCAACCCAAGUUUCUUCCGAAGAUGCUGGCCCGAAAUGGGGAUACCGAGUUCACUGGCAAGGCGUACAACGCAGCGAGGUUGCAGGCAAGAGUCAUGAUUGCCUGGAUUGCCAACACUGCGGCCCUCCAGCUGUACAAGCCGGACUAUGCAGGGGAUGAGCUCAUGACAUCGAUUGCUGAGUGUACGUUUCUUGGAUAA